AUGUCGUAUACUUUUGGAUCCCAUGGAAAUGUAUUCGUCAAUUGGACGGUUGUGAAUAUUUCACUCAAAACAGACGGAGGGAACUUAUCUUAUUGCACUUAUCAGACUAUAAACCACACAGAGGGAGCAAAACAUAACGAAUUCACGUAUUCCAAGGAGAGCGAGAGGUUCAGGGAUUUCAUAAAGGUGGAUGGUGAAUUUGUCCGUGUUCGAUGUUAUAACUCAUCAAACAGCAUCAUCUACACAAACUUUCAUUAUUUCUUUCUCCCUCAUAACAACACAGAAUCAAGAAUUUCAUGUGAAAAUAACAAAGUCAAGAAUUUGAAACCCAAUGUCUUGAUGGUCGGUAUUGACUCUUUGUCGAGGAUAAACUACAUACGAUACUUGAAGAAAUCUCGUCAAAUGAUGUUGUCAAUGGGAGCCGUGGAAUUUGUUGGAUACAACAAAGUCGCAGAUAACACAUUUGUUAACUUGGUUCCUGUUUUAGCAGGGAAAUUUGCAGAAGAGCUACCAUGGAAUGAAAAUAUUCGCCACCAGAUGUUUGAUUCUUUUAGGUUUAUUUGGGAUGAUUUUAAAGAAAAAGGUUUUGUCACCUUCUUUGUAGAAGACUCGCCUAACACCGCCAUUUUUGAUAACGCUAAGGCUGGCUUCAAGAAAAAUCCUACAGAUUACUACAAUCGACCAAUGGCAGUCGCUAUGGAGGGUGUUGGGGAGAUAUGGUUUGAGGAUCAUAACUGUGUUUUGGAUAAACUAGAAACUGAUAUACUACUGGAGUACGUCUCUGAUUUCGUCCAUGGGGUGAGGCAUUGUCCAUAUUUUGGUCUCGUUUAUCUCUCUCGAAUGACCCAUGAUUACAUACAGGGAGCAGGAGCAAUUGAUGAUCCAUUGCACAAUUUCUUCAAAGAGCUCUAUAAAACUGGUUUUCUGAAAAAUACUAUUGUUAUUUUAUUUAGUGACCAUGGGAUGAGAUAUGGGGAAAUUAGAAACACAUACAUUGGGAAACUGGAAGAACGCUUGCCUCUAUUGAAUGUAAUGAUACCUAAAACCUUUUCAAAGGAUCACCCCGAAUAUCUGACAAACGUGAUGUUAAACAGUAGAAGACUUACUACACCGUUUGAUUUGCACGAAUUUCUCAGACACAUACUGCUUUUAGAUGAAUACAGACAGUCAUCAGAGAAGGGGUUUAGUCUAUUUGCUGAAAUACCUUCUAACAGAACAUGUAAGAGUGCUAAUAUUUCAGCACACUGGUGCACUUGUAGUGAAAUGUUUUCGGUCCAAGUUAACACCCCUGUUGUUCAGAAGAUUUCUAAAUACUUUGUUGAAUUACUGAAUUCUAAAUUCCAUAAUACGAGUGUCAGUUGUGCAAAUUUAUCUCUUGAAGAAACUAUGUUUUCGUAUCAGAUAAAACCACAAGACAAUGUAUUAAGAUUUGAAGGCAUCGAAAACGAAGUUCUUAACAGAAAGAUACUGUACGGAUAUCCGGUGAACGCAAUUGUUGACUAUCAAGUUACCAUUCGAACACAACCAGGAGAAGGAGUGUUCGAGGGGACAUUCAGAUAUGAUGAGGAAUACAGUAGAUUAAACCUAGUAGGAGAUAUUAGCAGACUCAAUAAAUAUAGUGACUCGUCAUAUUGUGUACAAGGAACUGAAGCUGAGAAGUUCUGCUACUGCAGAUGA